CCGUAUUUUGCCUGCGCACUCUGUUAGACUGUGUAUCGCUCCGUGCACGAUAGUUCAUGCAUGUGAUAGUGUGUUCUUCAAGUGACAUGUUGCACUACGCAACAAUGACAUCCCCAAGCCCGAAUUAAUCAUGUGGUUUGAAUCUCAGAAAUAAUAUUACUAGAAGCGCAUAUCGCGGAAUGAUGCUUCCAAACAUUAAGUGGAAAAAUGUUGCCUAGACAUGACGAAGAGGUACUUUUGUUGAAGGGUGCAAACUGUUCACUCCUUAGGACCAACAAGAUGUACUUUAUCUGAUCAAAUCGGCAAGAUCAACAAAUUGUCUUAAGAUCUCUGUUAUGGAGCGACACAAUAUUUAAGACCCAAAUUAGCUGUCGAAGAAGAUUGCAAAAUCGAAAUAACCGAACCUGGAUAUAGAAGUGAAUUAAUUGUGCCAUGAUGGGUCUGCAGGCGACUACAGGGAAACGUAAGUUAGAAGCGGCGACAGCUCCUGGAGAUUCCUCCCCUCCAAAGACAGGUCGAUGGGAGGCCGACGAUUGCAUAGCACGCCUCCAAGCCGUGGCGGUGCCGAGCGACACCUGGAGGUCGCCGACGCCAUCGUUGGCGGCGACUCUGUUAUCCAGCAGCAGCGACGACUACGAAGAUGAGGACGAGUUCGACGACGAGCUCUCGGACGACGACCGAUGCGUCGCCGUACCGGAACCCGCGAGAUUCGCCCAGCCACCGUUCGGUCGGUACCAGUCCGACUACUGGCAGUACUACCAGCCCCCCCAGCAGCAGACCAUCCGCUGCGAGGAGAACGGAAAAUCGUACCUGGAACUCGGUGCUUCCCCGCCGCCCGUGCGGACGCGGUGCUGCGACGGACGGACGCGGUGGUGUCACGUGCCCUGCUACCGGCAGCGACGGCUGGCGGUGCUCAACCUGUCCAUGUGCAAGCUGGCGCGGUACCGGCAGUGCUCGGACCCCUCGCUGCGGCGCUCGGUGCUCAUCUGCAACACCCUGCGGCGUCUCGAACGGGAGAUGGAGGCGGAACCCCCCGAACCCAGCUACGCGCUGCCCGAGCUGUCGCCGCCCAGCCGCCCUUCGCCCGUGCCCGAGCCCGGCUACGAGCAGAGCCUGCGGGAGGUGGCGUGCCCGUCGGGGCGUGCCACUCCCUUCCCGUCCGCCGCCCCCGACACCGACUCGGGCCUCGGCGACGACGAGAUGGCGCGUCCGAUCAACUGGGGCUCCGUGCUCAGCCUAACUUCCCAAACGGAUCUAGAGUCUCUCAACAACAACGAGCUCUACGCGGAGCUGGGGCUGGCGAGUGAUCCCCCCGAGUGGAAGGAGCCGUCGACGUCGCGAACGGACAAUGAGUGGGACGGCUUCAUGCACGUCCUCGUCGGGGGUACGUAGCAGAAUGUUGGUGCUUCCGCUUUCCUCAGGUUGUGAUCACUUAGUUAAAGACAUCAGUGCAGUGCAGGAAUUGUGCAGCUAUUGUUGACUGUUUUUAUUUUUAUAUUCUAUUUAGCGUUCUUUACCUAGCGAUUGGACUGAGGUACUUAGGCAAGUCGGAAGUACUCUGCUUCCUACCAGACUUAUCGUAACGGAUUGAUCUCCAUCGCUCAAUUAACUUAACUAAGGCUCAAUACAUGAGUUUUAUUUGUUUAUUGAUAUUAUUUCGUGUUACUGACCCGUCGGGGCAUUCCUCUGUAUAUAAUUUUGUAAUAUAAUGUGCAUAAUGUACAUAAGAGAAGAUUUCUAACUAGGUCUAUAUUUGUAAAUAAUUCUAUGUUAUACAUAUAUUUUAAAUGAUGUGUGAAUUUAUUAAUUAAAUUGGCAAUAUGGUUCUACACGUAACAAAUAACUCCCAGGCUGAAGCCGCAGCGAACAAAAACACCUUCCUAACAUUUAUUCUAUUCAUUUUUGACUGAAUCGUGAAAGCGAUAACGACAAUUUCAUCAUCAACUGAUGGUUCAAAACUAUACUACCCGAUGUUCCUUUCUUCAAUUUUAAAGUUACCGUAGCACUUAGAAAUAUUUUUUUAUCUAAUAUGUAAUGUCAAAAACUGCAAAACCUAAGUUAUUCUGUCGAUGUUUCUAUAAAUGUAGAUUUGAAUGUUACAAAUUUCAACAGCUGGGAGGAUGAAUCUAGUCCGUCAUUGUCCAUUAUCUAGAAGAACAUAAAUGUGAGCCAGUAUUACUAUAUAUUAAAAAAAAGAACUUAAAAGCGAAAUGGUUAACUUAAAUACUUGUUCAAACCGUCCCAAAACUUCUUAGAUGAUGGCGACAAUGAGAUGUUUGUAGGUGUACACCAUGUUAUUUAGCUAGUUAAUUCUCUAUGAAGCUUCUUUUUCAUCAACCGUCGUUGCUGGAAAAGGAGCUGUCCAGUUUCUUGCCAUGACACUUCAUUUCAAUUUUUGUAUUUUUUAAAAGCUAUGUUCAAACUGUGCUCCUUUAACGUUAACCCGACUUAUUACAAAACACUGAACGUAUAUUUUUCUAAAUUAAAAAAAAAAAAACGUUCUCUGGUUAAGGGAAACAAUGACACAGGCAAAGCUGCUAACGCGAUCAAUAAUUUUAUUGGAGCACAGUCGUGAAUGAUACAAAUUUUAUGGUGAUAUUUAUUUAUAAAAACGAUGUGUUAACAUCAUUGAACUAAAAAGAAAAAUUAGUUUGUAACAAAUAACAAUACAAGGGCACAAUUAAAUACUGUUAUAUAUUUAAAGUAUUGAAAUAAGAAAUUGUUGUGGUACGAUAACUUAAGUUGUUGAAAUUGCAAUUUUAUUCCACCUCUGUAAAAUAGAAAAAUUGAACCAUGAGGCAAUCAAUAUUAUACAGUUUUAUGAAAAAUAGCUGUGUUUUUUAUUCUAAAAGAAAUUAUAUGUGCACAGAAAUUUAAAUAUUUUGAUAAGAUUGCAAUAAAAGAUUUUUUGAAACAUGUUGUUUCGAUGCUUGAAUUUUCAGGAUAAAUCGUGCCUAAUUUAAAGCCAAAUUUUUAUUUAUUACAUAUUAACACAACGACAAUUUAUUUAUUACUGUGCAUAAUUCUCCUGAAAAUUUAAGCCUAUAGUUUAAGUAAAGUACUUGUACUUCGUCCCACAUCGACGUGACGUCAAUAAUAAUUACGUACAACACUUGAUUGUGUGCAAGUAACAUGUGAUAUCAUGUAAUAUGUUAGUGUUAAAAAAAUAAAUCGGUAUAUAUACAUA